CUAGGCUGACGCUUCCACGGCUGGCUCUGAAGCUCAAUGGUUGCUGGGCGGGGCCGUGACGUCUUUGGCGUGGCUGCAGGGGAGGCCGCGGCGGGGAAAAUGGCGGACGGGAAGGCGGGAGAGGAGAAGCCUGAGAAGCCGCAGCGAGCUGGAGCCGCCGGAGGACCUGAAGAAGAAGCAGAAAAACCUGUGAAAACUAAGACUGUUUCUUCCAGUAAUGGAGGGGAAAAUUCCAGUCGCAGCGCUGAGAAGCGAUCAGCUGAAGAUGAAACUGCAGACCUCCCAACAAAGCCUACAAAGAUCUCCAAGUUUGGAUUUGCCAUAGGUAGUCAGACGACAAAGAAAGCCUCAGCCAUAUCCAUCAAACUUGGCUCAAGUAAGCCUAAAGAACCGGUUCCAACUCUUGCUCCAAAAACCCUUUCAGUAGCAGCAGCUUUUAAUGAAGAUGAAGAUAGUGAACCAGAGGAAAUGCCUCCAGAAGCAAAGAUGAGGAUGAAGAAUAUUGGAAGGGAUACACCAACAUCAGCAGGACCAAAUUCCUUCAAUAAAGGAAAGCAUGGGUUUUCUGAUAACCAGAAGCUAUGGGAGCGAAAUAUAAAAUCUCAUCUUGGAAAUGUCCAUGACCAAGACAAUUAAAUGAUGUGUUUUGAGAUUGGGGUGUGGGGUGGGUGUAAAGUUAAAAGGAACAGUUUCCUUUUUUAAGGAAUGGUAUAAGACUAUCUUUGGAGCCGCCUUUUUUUUUUUUUUUCUUUUUUUAAAUAUUGAGUGAUACACUAAUAAAUGAGAAUUUGAAAUUA